AUGAAGCUGGUGAAGGGUGUGGAGCUCAAGUCUUAUGGGGAGCAGAGGAGGGAACUGGAGAAUCCCUCACCCACCCGCCGCCGGCUGCCGCCCCUCCGGUCCCGCUACUCACCCGCAGCCUUGCUCCGCCCGCAGCUGCCGCAGUGGGCCGGGCCCGGCUCUGCCCUCCCUCCCGUGCCCCAGGCCCCUCCCGGCCCCUCCUCAUGGACGGACUGGGGCGGCGGCAUCAUCUGGACCCAGGAGCGCUUCUACGAGUCGGGCAACCGGGCCAACAUCAGGCUGGUGCGGGGCUCGUAGCGCGACCUGGUGAUCGACGCGGGGUCGGGGCUGGGCAUCCUGCCUGCCUACCUGCGUGCCACCCACGUCCACUCCGACCACUCGGGCAGGCUGCAGCACUUGGAGGAGUUGGCAGUGCACAGCUCCGAGGCGGCCGCGAUGCUCCACGGCGACAACUCCGAAGCCGUCAGCUGUCUGUCGGACCGCGAGGUGGCGCGGCCGCCCUUCUGCGUCCCGUCCGUGCGACCCAGCCGCCUCUUGCAGGAGGGUCAGCGCCGCGAGGAGGUGGGCUGCGGCUGUUGUUCUUUGUGCCCUUCUUCCUGGGACAGCGGGGAGAGCAGCUCUGGUGGCAGCGAUGGGUCCCGAACGAGCGGCCCGGAGCUGCGUCAGGACAGGAGCAGAGUGCUGGGGAAGGUGGAGGAAAGGGGCUGCACCGGAGGGCAGUGGGAUUUUGGGUUGACAGAAACUUUUAUAAAUACCUUCUGCUCACCUAAUUUGUGUGCCUGUUGGAGGGCUAUUUCCCUAGAAUAAGAGUUAGUCAGUGGUACUGCUAGGAGCAAGGACCUAGCAUCUUAACACUGACUAAUCAAGCCUAAUGGGGAUGGAUUUACCUCAGGCUUCCAAUAGCAUGUCACACGUCAGUCAGUUCUGACAUCUACUAACCCAUUUUAUUUGUAAACUGCUGAGGUAUAACUGCAUAAAGAACAGAGCAGUUUAUUUAUCUGUGUAUUGGAAAGCAUAUGGGUUUUGUUUAACAGAAUCAUAGAAUGGCCUGGGUUGAAAAGGACCACAAUCAUCAUCGAGUUUCAACCCCCCUGCUGUAUGCAAGGUCACCAACCACCAGAUCAG